AUGUCGGUUGAACAAGACGCUACGCUGGAAGCGGUCUCGUUUCCCUACCCGAUGGAUCGCAAGCGCAAGAAGCUGCGCGUGGCGAUCGUGACGGAAAACUUUCUUCCAAAGAUUGAUGGUGUGACGCGUACGCUUGCGCGUCUGCUCGAGCACCUCCACGCAGAGGGACACGAGGCGCUGGUUCUCGGCCCCGAUACGGGUCUCACGGAGUAUUCGGGCCACCCCGUGGUCGGCACGUUUGGCGUGCCGCUCGUCGUCUAUCCCGGCCUGAAGCUCAACUUUGUUCGUCUGCGCUUCCUGCGCCGGCUGGAGCAGUUCCAGCCGGAUGUCGUGCACUUUGUCGACCCCGUCUGGCUCGGCGCCCAGAUGAUGUGGAUCGUAAAGCAGCGUCUGCCCGAUGUGCCGUGCGUCUCGUCUUAUCAUACCAAUUUGCCCACCUACGCUUCGCUGUUUGGCAUGCCGUUCCUCGAAAAUGCAAUGUGGAAGCUGAUCCGUUACCAGCAUGACCAAUGCGAUAUUGUUUUUUGCCCCAGUGAAACGACGCGCCGGAUGCUCAUUGAAAAGGGAUUCAAGAACGUGGAGAUCUGGAGCCGUGGUGUGGACACCGAGACCUUUACGCCGGCGGCACGCGACGAGAACUUGCGCGCGAGCUGGGGCUGCAAGCCCAAGAGCCAGGCGCUGCUCAACACGCUGCACGACCAGGCCGCGAGCCGCUCCGCGGCGCAGGUCAAGAUGGACGAGGACACCUUUAUUCAUACGCCCGAGAGCCUGCCGAUGCUCUCGCCGGAGCUGAGCCCGCCGCCGGCGUACGAGAGCCUAAGCGAUCUCCCGCCGCUCUCGGGCGCGCACUUUGCGCUGCCGCCCCCGAUGGUGCCGAGCGUCGACUCGGUGCUGGCGAGCGGCGACAUUGACAAGGACAGCAAGGCAGUCGUCCUGUAUGUCGGCCGUAUUUCGUGGGAAAAGAACAUUCGCCUGGUGAUCGAGGCCUUCCGCCUCUUGCCGCAGAGCGUGCGCGACAAUGCGAAGCUUGUCGUGGUCGGCGACGGGCCCGCGCGCCCAGAGCUCACGCGCCUCUGCAACAAGUAUGGCCUCGACGCGACAUUCAUGGGGCACCAAAAAGGCAAGCGCCUCGCCUCGAUGUUUGCGUCGAGCAGCAUCUUUGCAUUCCCGUCCUUCACCGAGACCUUUGGCCAGGUCGUGCUCGAGGCGCUCGCUUCGGGCCUGCCGGUCGUCGGUCUCCACGCCGAGGGCACGUCGGACCUCGUCUGCCACGGCAUCACGGGUCUCCUGAUGGACGUGCAGCGCGUCCUGACCUUUUCGUCAUCGUCCGCGCGCGCGUCGGCAGUCGCUGCACGCACUGCCGCCUCGCCGGGCCGCGAGCGCUCGGGCUUUAGCGCACUGACCCCGCGCUCGCCCCAGCGCACCUCGUCGAUCCCGUCGAGCGGCGCGGUGCCGGUCGCAGCUUCGAGCACGCUCAAGCCGGGCCUCCCCACGCCCAUCCUCUCGGUGAAAGAGUUUGCGGCGGCGAUGGCCCAGGGAUCGACCUCAUUCCCCCAAUGCGCACAGGCCUACAGCAUCCUGCUCGAGCGCCUGAUCCGCGACCGCACGCUGCGCGCGACCAUGGGACAGCGCGCGCAGCAGUACGCCGCGAACAAGACUUGGUGGGACGCGAUGGACGCCCCGGUGCGUGGCUACGAGCAGGUGAUUGCGCGCCGCGGCAAGUCGAACCUCACCGACACGGAGCUCGAGGCGCUGCGGAAUGCGCAGCGCCGCAUCCUUCCCCUCACCGGCCCGAUCGUCAAGACGAUCGUCGCACUGUACCUUGCCCUUUUUGUUGCGCUUUGGACGUGGCUGUUGUGA